GCGGGGCUUGACGGGAGGGGCGGGGCCUGGGGGAGGGGCGGGGCUCCGCCGCCCGCGGGUGCUGCGGGGCGCGGCGUGCCCGGGAGCGGCCGGAGCCGGCGUGGCGCUGAGCGGCGAAGCUGAGACCAUAGAGGGGUGCUGCGCCUGCUCCCGGACCUGGUGACGGGAAGGACUAACAAACACAAGUGCCCACACCAUUCCCGGUGUUCAAGAUGUCAUUGAAGGUGCAGACAAGCAACAUCACGAACAAGAAUGACCCCAAGUCCAUCAACUCCAGAGUCUUCAUUGGCAAUCUCAAUACAGCCGUGGUCAAGAAGUCGGAUGUGGAGACCAUUUUCUCCAAGUACGGACGAGUGGUGGGCUGCUCUGUUCACAAGGGCUAUGCCUUCGUACAGUACUCCAACGAGAGGCACGCACGCGCCGCGGUCCUGGGCGAGAACGGGCGCGUGCUCGCUGGCCAGACGCUGGAUAUCAACAUGGCCGGGGAGCCCAAACCCAACAGACCUAAAGGGCUGAAGAGAGCAGCCUCCGCGUUAUACAGCGGCUAUGACUUCGACUACGACUAUUACAGAGAUGACUUCUAUGACAGGCUCUUCGAGUACCGGGGCCGAGUGUCCCCAGUGCCCAGGGUGGUCCCUGUGAAGCGGCCGCGGGUCACUAUCCCCCUUGUCCGGCGCGUCAAGGCGACGCUCCCCGUCAAGCUCUUCUCCCGAUCGGCUGCCAUUGCCAACAGCUCGGCCAAGCUGAAGUUGAAGUGCAGCGAGCUGCAAACGAUCAAAACCGAGCUGACGCAGAUCAAGUCCAACAUCGAUGCUCUGCUGGGCCGGCUGGAGCAGAUUGCCGAGGAACAGAAACUGUCCACAGAGGUACGGAAGAAGGCGGAUGGCAGCAAAAGUGAAGUCUCACAGGAAGACACAGCGUCAGAGGCAGAGGUCAACACGGAGGAGCCACUGAACGGGGAUGAGGGAGAGGAAGAGGGGCUCGCACGGGAUGAGUGUGAAGAUGAACUGGAGAACAGCCAUUACACAGAUGUGGAGGAUGCCAGACUACAGUAACCAGCCCAUUCAGAGCAGCAGUGAGCAAUGGUGUGAGGAAAGCACGAGACUAAACCCUGUCCUGGCACACUGAGCAAGACAAGCUAAAUUGAAGUGCUGCUGUCAUCUCUACCUGGCAUUCGAAAGGAGACACAUGGCCCGACAUCCUUCAUCCAUCUGUAAAGCAAAGACGACUAAAACUCAUCAUCCCAGUGAAUCCCCACGACCCUUUGCAAUGGAUUCAGAGCUCUGCAGCCAGCCCGGGCAGCAGCCAAACCCUGUGUAAUCUGUACCCACCACUGACUGGGUAAUGGGAGAGCACUUGUGUCACCCCAUGAGUCAGAGCUGCUACAGGGCUUUUUCUAGGAGCGGAGGGAGAACUAAGCCCAACCCCACAAGGACUUUUUUUCUCAUACUGGUGAGAGACAGAGCAUUUGCUAACUGGGGGAAAGUACUGUCUCAGUUUGGACAAUUUGUGUUCUCACGCCGGAGGUCAUGUUGAGGAAGAGGGUGUGGGGUGAGCUCUGCUCCUGGAGUGGCCACCUCCUGUUGUGGCUCUUGUCCCACGCGCCACCACGGGUACCUGGUCACUUCCAGACAGAGAGGAGCCGGUGCCUGUGCAUGUACUGUGCUGCUCCAAGAGGGGAAGGUGAGAGGAGCCUGCAGGACAGCAAGACAACAAAGCCUGCAUUGUCUUCAGCAGUUUGACCUCCUCGUUCUCCACUGGGAAACCACCAUGGGAAGGCUGAGCAAGUCCCUGAGGAACGAGAAGAUGCAAGCAUAUGUCAGACAGGCGGAUAAGACCCUUUUGGACCUGCCGCCCCCUGGAAGGGCUCUGACCUACCUGCUUCCCCAGCCAGAGGAGCCAGCCCCUUCCCCUGGGUGCUCACACCCCGUGCCCCAGCUCCCCUGGGUCUCCACGCCUGCCGAGGGGCCAGGAGGCAGCAUGCUGGCUCCUGCUCCUGGCAGCGAGGGCUCUCAUCAGUCUGGCAGAGCUGCAGCACGCCUGGGCACAGUGGUCCAGGUGAAUGCCCCGAGCACAGAGCCUGUGGGCAUGCCGGCACCCCCCCUCUGCUGCCCAAAUUCAGCCUGCUUCUGACCCGUGCCACGUCAUGCGAGUACAAGGCUGCGGCAGCCUUUUCACACCACAACACCCCAGAGGUCUCUCAGCCUUUCUCGGCUUGUUCCUUCCUCUUCCAUGGGCUUAUGCAAUUUUUCUGAGUUCAGAGGUAUAUGGGACUGAGACUCACACAGCACUUUAUUCAGAGCAAUCUGUGUCCUGCCCAUCUCCCCUCUGUCUGCCACCCCCCCAAAACACACACACACAUCGGCGCUUUGAGUCCAGAAUGGUGCCCACACCUCCUCAGCGAAACUCUCCCACAAACGACGUGGCCCCCUGAUUGUACAGGGUGCUCUGAAAGGGGACUCCUGCUUUCUGCUCCAGCGCUCGAAGCCAGACUUCCUGGACAGCAUCUCUCUUUGAAGGGUGGAGGGGAAAACAGGUCGUGGGGGCAACGCUUCCCUGCCCAGAGGGCCAUCCUGGAGCAAGCAUGGCUCUUGAAGCACAAUGUUUUAUUUGCAUUUCUUAGUUUCGAAUAAGUCAUGAAGGAAUUAAGGGAUAACCGUGCUUUCCCCUACCUUUUUCUGGUUCCUGUACAAUUUAUCCAUUGUGUUGUACUGAGCCGUUGUAGAGCUGUUUUCUAGGCUUUGAGAGAUGAGCUGCGGUUUUUGCUAUGAACUGACUGCGAUGCUGAUGUCUGGGAGAAAGGUGACCUUGUAUAUAUGAUCCUGUAUAAUAAAAGAAAGAAGUCUAA